AUGACCAACUACGGAAUUACACCCACGGAAACCCCCCGGUUAUGUGUUGUGAUGGUUGGACUGCCUGCACGAGGCAAAUCGCUCAUCACGCAAAAAAUUGUACGGUAUCUGUCAUGGCUAUCAAUCAAGGCCCGGUCAUUUAACGUGGGGUCAUAUAGGCGUUUGCAGGAAGCUCAUCCAUCUGCGGACUUUUUCGAUGUGCACAAUGCACAGGGUGAGCGGAUGCGACGGCAAGCUGCUGAACUUGCUGUGAAGGAUAUGCUUGAAUGGUUUGAGACGAGUGAUGGAGUUGUAGCUAUUCUUGAUGCUACAAAUUCUACCAAGGCCCGGCGGUCGUGGAUCAAGGAACUAUUACAGGGGCAUGGAGUGGAACCAUUUUUUGUGGAGAGCUGGUGCAAUGAUAAAGAGUUGAUUUGGAAUAAUAUUAUGGAUGUGAAGACGACCUCGCCAGAUUACGUGGGGCAGGACCCUGAGGAGGCGGCCAAGGAUUUCAUGGCUCGGAUCCGGAAGUAUGAGGAGGUGUAUGAGACUUUAGAUGAGACAGAGGCGGAGUCAUCAUAUGUGAAGAUUAUUAAUGUGUCAUCUCAAGUUGUUAUUAACAAGAUUCGGUCAUAUUUACAGUCUCGGAUUGUAUAUUAUGUGAUGAAUUUGCACAUUAAGCGGCGGUGCAUUUGGUUGAGUCGACAUGGCGAGAGUGAGUACAAUUUGACUGGUAAGCUUGGAGGGGAUGCGAAUUUAAGCCCCCGUGGAGAAAUGUAUGCAAGGAAAUUACCUGAGCUUGUGAAGGAGGCUGUGGGGGAUAGGCCACUGACUGUUUGGACUUCGACAUUGAGGCGGACGCAACAAACGGCACGGUUUCUUCCUUAUCCGAAGCUUGCAUGGAAGGCACUUGAUGAGCUUGAUGCUGGUGUAUGUGAUGGAAUGACUUAUGAGGAGAUUGAGCAAAAGUAUCCGGAGGAUUUUGCUGCUCGUGACAAGGACAAGUAUGAGUACCGAUACCGUGGUGGGGAAUCGUAUCGGGACGUUGUGACACGGCUGGAGCCGAUUAUUAUGGAGCUUGAGAGGCAAGAGAAUAUUAUGAUUGUGACACAUCAGGCGGUAUUGCGAUGCAUCUAUGCAUACUUUAUGAAUGUGCCGCAGGACCGGUCACCAUGGAUGGUUGUUCCAUUACAUACGUUAAUUCAGUUGGAGCCUCGGCCGUACUCUACAAAUGAGACUCGGGUGCCUGCUAAUAUUCCUGCGGUUAGCACAUACCGGGAAAAGGGCACUAGUAGCAAGCAUAGUACUGAGGUUGUUGAGUGA